CCAUCCUGACCGUAGAUGUGUUUGGCUCGUGCAGGCGUGAAGUUCAACACGUGUUUAUUAGACCCAAAAGCUGGUAAACCAUAAUAUUUCCGAAUCACCAAAUCAUCGGAGUAGUGAUAAAUUGUUUAGUUUAUCUCGGAGAAUAUUUUUGUACAAGUAUAAAUUAUUGAAUUAAUUAUGGAGAACGGAAAAUCCGAAGAGAAGCCAUUGGUGGCCCCAGAAGUGAAGCCGGUGGUAGAGGAAAAAGUUGAAGCCAUGGAAACUAAGGAAAAUGUCGGUGAAAAAGCACCAGAGGAGGCGACAGAAGCUGCUGAGAAUCAAGAGGCAGCAUCUCCAGAGCUUUUGGAGAAAAUAAAAUCACAAAUUGAGUUUUACUUUGGUAAUUGCAACAUGCAACGGGAUAAAUUCCUCAUUGAUCAAGUGAAACUGGACGAGGGAUGGAUUCCAAUGAGCAUAAUGUUGAAAUUCAAAGCUCUGGCAACUAUCAGUCAGAACGUAGAGACCAUUCUGAAGGCGCUUGAGAGUAGUGAACUCAUGGAGGUCUCAGCCGAUAAGAAGAAGAUCAGACGCAAUCCAGAGAAGCCACUGCCAGUGUACGAUGAAGCUUACAAAAAGGCCGGGGAGGAGAGAUCUGUUUACUGCAAGGGCUUCCCACUGCAGGGAACCACUGUCCAGAUUCUCAAGGAGUUUUUCAAAGACUUUCCCUCUCAUGAAACAAUUUUCAUGAGGAGGUAUCCCGACAAAGACAAGACCCAAUUCUUUUUCAAAGGUUCAAUCUUCAUCCAGUUUGAGACCCUGGAGGGUGCGAAAGAUUUCAUGGCUCGGGAGUCGGUUAAAUAUGAAGAUAAGGAGCUCAUUAGAAAAUGGAAGAAUGAUUAUCUGCUUGAGAAGAAGAAAGAGGCUGAAGGAAGGAAGAACAAAAGAGGAGAGGGGAAAGCAAAGAAGACUGAAAAGGAAGAAGAAACUAUGGAGACAGAUGAGCCUGAAGAUGAAUUCCCCUUACCCACAGGUGCAGUUUUAAGUUUCACAGGGGCUGGGGAAGGCACUCUGAGGGAGGACAUCAAGGCGGCUUUAGCCAAAUUUGCAGAGAUUAGUCCAGAAGAAAUUGCUUAUAUGGAUUAUGAGAAGGGAAACACAGGCGGUAAGAUACGUUUUCGUGGAGCGGGCACUGCUACGAAGGUUUUCAAGAAAUUUGUCGAUAAACAGUUGACAGUCAAGACGAGUAAACUGGACGUCCAUCUUCUCGAGGGUGAGGAGGAGGAGGAGUACCUGAAAAAAGUCAAGGAGCAGAUGAACCAGAAAAAACAGAAAAUAAAGAAUAACAAGCGUGGCCGACCAAAGAGAGGGCGUGGUGGAGGUGCCAGAGGCAAGAAGCGGGGUGGCAGUCCACUUCGUGAUGUCUCAUCUAAGAAAGCUGCUAAGACUUCAUAAUUGAUUUUCAGUACGUUUUGUUAAAAAUAACGAAUUAAUAUUUUUUGUUCUUAUUCUGAUCACUUCUUUACGUUCCUUAGUUUUGAAAACUAAGCUUCUAUCCCAUAAUUUUUACUCAGGAUUUGAAUACCAUUAUCUUAAGAGAAUAUGUAUAUGUCAGUUUUCAUUAAAAUUCAUGAGCUUUAUAAA